AUGAGAGCCGCGCGCGCCCCGGGGACUUCGCGGGAGAGCAGCGCGCGUUCGGCUCGCGCGGCACCACAGACUGCGUGACGAGGCACAAGUUCCACUCGCUGUCCGCACAAAUGGCUUCCCGCUGGACUAAGCGCUAUUUAUUUUCAUUUCUAUUUAUUAACCAUAUAUUUCUCAGUCUUCAGACGAAACAAGAAGUGCUGCUGGACAUGAAGGCAUUAGGAGCAGACCUGGGCUGGCUGACGUCUCCCAGUGAGCUAGGGUGGGAGGUUGUCCAGACAGUGGUCAAUGGGUCCAUGUUCUACACAUACUCUGUAUGCAAUGUGGUGGAGGGUGAGCAGGACAACUGGCUACGCACCACCUUCAUCCAGCGGCAACCGAAAGCCACCCGUGUCUUUGUGGAGCUGCACUUCAUUGUUCGAGACUGCAACUCCUUUGGCAGUGCCUCGCUUUCCUGCAAAGAGACCUUCAACAUGUACAUGGCUGAGGCAGACGCUGAUGUAGGCACCAGCUUCCGCAAGAGCCUUUUCCGGAAGGUGGCUACUGUGGCACCUGACGAGAUCACCAGCCGAGGAGAUCUGCAGGUCAACGUGGAGACACGCGCUGUCGGCCCGCUUUCACACAAGGGGUUCUACCUGGCCUUCCAGGACUUGGGUGCCUGUGUGGCACUACUGUCCGUCAGGGUCUACUACAAAACCUGCAGGGCCACGGUGAAGAGCCUGGCCACUUUCCCUGAGACAGUGGCUGGAGGAGAGAGCCUGACCCAGGUGACUGGAGUGUGUGUGGAGAAUGCUGCAAGCCAGGACCCCCCACGCAUCUAUUGCACAGCCGAUGGGGAGUGGGUGGUGCCUGUGGUACAAUGCCAGUGCCUGCCUGGGUACGAAGCCACUGGAGAGUCCUGCCAAGCCUGUCAACCUGGUUUCUUUAAGGCAUCAGGAUCUGGCGAGACGUGUGAGCCAUGUCCACAAAAUUCGGACUCGUCACAGUUGGGAGCCUUCUACUGCUCCUGCCAGGAGGGCUUUUUUCGGCCCCCCCAAGAUCCAGAGACCUCAGCCUGCACUGCACCCCCCUCGGCCCCUCGUAACCUGGAGGCCGUCACCACCCGAUCAGAAGUGGGGAAGAUGGAGCUGUCAUGGAGCCCACCAAUGGACACGGGUGGCCGGGAUGACCUGGUGUACAGUGUGAUGUGCGAGCGUUGUGAACGGGGCACAUGCCAGCCCUGUGGAGAGCGAGUUCGCUUUGAGCCAGGCCCAACUGGCCUCAGGGAGCCUCGCGUAACAGUGAUGGAACUGGAGCCCCACCUCAACUACACCUUCACAGUGGAGGUGCGCAACGGCGUGUCGCAAUUCAGCAGCGAGAAGGCCGCCACCAGCCUCACCACGGCGCUGUGCUACACAGAACCGCCAAAAGUGCGCCUUGAUGGGCAGGGCACCACCAGCCUGUCACUGUCCUUGGCCGUGUCGCGAAGAGCCCAGCCUCAUACCACCCACCGCUAUGAGCUCAUGUACUGCAAAAAGGAUGAUGCCAAUGAGAAUGCCAUCACCACAUACACAGUGCUGGUCCUGGAGAAAAGCUCAGUCCAGAUCAGUGACCUGGCACCGGGAACAGUGUAUGUGUUUCGAGUUCGAGCCUUGAGCCCAGAGGGAAACCCAUUAGGUUACAGCACAGAGCAUGAGUUUGCCACACUGCCUGAAGCAGCGACCCAGGACCACACGACACUGAUCUCAGGGGCCGUUGUGGGUGGUGCAGUCAUGCUGCUGGUGGUCGUAGCUGUGCUACUGCUCCACAGGAGAAGGAGGAAUCCCCAUAGCAGGCAAGGGCCAGAGGACACAUACUUCUCUAAUUCUGACCAGCUGAAGCCCCUAAAAACCUAUGUGGACCCCCACACCUAUGAGGACCCCAAUAUUGCUGUUCUUAAAUUUGCAUCCGAGAUCCACCCAAACCACAUCGCCAAACAGAAAGUCAUUGGGGCUGGUGAAUUUGGAGAGGUAUAUCGUGGGUUGCUGAAGGUGCCAGGCCGGAAGGAGACGGCAGUAGCCAUCAAAACCUUGAAACCGGGCUACACAGAGAAGCAACGGCGAGAGUUCCUGAGCGAGGCCAGCAUCAUGGGCCAGUUCUCCCACCAGAACAUCAUCCGCUUGGAGGGUGUGGUCACCAAGUAUAAACACGCUAUGAUUGUAACUGAAUACAUGGAAAAUGGUGCUCUGGACAGCUACCUCAGGGACCAUGAUGGGGAGCUGUCCUCCUAUCAGCUGGUGGGCAUGUUGCGAGGCAUUGCAGCAGGAAUGAAGUACCUGUCUGAAAUGAACUAUGUGCAUCGCGACUUGGCUGCACGCAACAUUCUCGUCAACGGCAACCUGGAGUGCAAGGUGUCCGACUUUGGGCUGUCGCGUGUAUUGGAGGAUGACCCCGAGGGCACUUACACCACCAGCGGUGGAAAGAUCCCCAUUCGCUGGACUGCCCCAGAGGCCAUUGCUUACAGGAAGUUCACUUCAGCCAGCGACGUGUGGAGCUUUGGCAUUGUUAUGUGGGAGGUCAUGGCCUUCGGCGAGCGGCCAUACUGGGACAUGAGCAACCAUGAGGUGAUGAAGGCCAUCAAUGAAGAAUUCCGGCUGCCCGCACCCAUGGACUGCCCUUCAGCUGUAUACCAGCUGAUGCUGCAGUGCUGGCUGCAGGACCGCUCCAAAAGGCCACGCUUCCCCGACAUCGUCAGCCUGCUGGAUAAGCUACUUAGAAGCCCAGAGUCUCUCAAGACCAUCGCCGAUUUCGACCCCCGUGUGUCCAUCCGCCUGCCCAGCACCAGUGGUUCCGACGGCUCCCCCUUCAGGUCGGUCUCAGAGUGGCUAGAGUCCAUCAAGAUGAGCCAGUACAGAGAGAACUUCACAUGUGCUGGAAUCACCACGAUGGAGCAGGUGCUACAGAUGAAGAAUGAGGACAUCCGGAAUAUCGGCGUGCGGCUGCCGGGCCACCUGAAGAGGAUUGCCUACAGCAUCCUAGGCAUGAAGGACCAGUGCAGUUCACUCAGUGUCUUUUCGGUGUGAACCUGUUGGAGCCCAUCCAGGACCAUACCGCAGACUGACUGAACUGAAAGCUGGCCAUGAGGACGAGGUAGACCUGCGGGUAGUUGUGGACUGGGCAGAACUACACCUUGACUGAAAGAACCCAUCGGCCAGCCAAAAACAAACUCUCGACUUGUUAGACCUCAAGCUCUCUUGGUACCGAAUAAGAAGUCGAGACUUGUGGAAAAAAAGAAAAAAGACAUUUUGUUUCACUUGCAUAUAUUUAGUUGUACAGCUGGUUACAUAUGCAUUUUUGCUUUCAUUAUAAGACCAAUGUAAAGUGUGUGUUUGUUUUUACAUGUCAUGAACAUAAAAAGAUAUGGCAAUAGAGCUAUAAUUUCUUGGGGUUGGAUAGAAGAGCCCAAUCUAACCAAACUGGCAGGGAAUGUCAUCUCCUUGCUUAUGUGCACUAGACUGCUGUUCCCUAGUGCUUCUGGUGUUUAAAAGUGCUGAACUGAAGUUCAGAGGUCAAUGGCAACAUUUCAAAUACAAGCCCAUGUACUGUAUGGUUCAAAGUUCAGCCAUUUGACUCGGCGCUCCGGGAGGAACCUGGCCUCGGAUCAAGCUCUUCCCUGAAGUCUGAGGUCUGCGUCCUCCCCCAUAGCAUGGGUUCUUGCCCAAGGCCUAGGUUUUUCUGUCAGGGGGAUAUUAGAGAGAAUCUAGUGUGUGAAAAAAGAUUUGAAAAGAAAGGCAAGGCUCCACCCAUCCCCCAAGCACUUAAAUCCACUAAGUUUGAGACAUUGAGUAGUGAACUCUUUGGAAUGGACUUGAAGUAUUCUUUCAGAAGUAUAAAAACUGAUCUCUUUUUUUUUCUUUUAGUUUAUAUGUUUCUGAAUUCUUUUUAUUGCUUACCUCCUUCAGAACAAAGCAAAUUAAAUUUUGUGAGUCUCUCUAUAUUUCCUAAAGCAACACGUUCCAUAUAUACUGCUAUGUAUCUACCGCACAGUAGUAUUUAUGAUUAAACAUACUUCUGGAUGGAUGUCGUGGUAUCAAAAUCUAGCAAUCCUUCCUUUAAGUCUUAAAUUGGCAAUUUCCUAAACAUUAUUUAAUAUUUAUUUCUGCUUUUUAUUUAUUACUGUUAUAAAAUGCAA